AAAUGUUUACAAAUAUUCCUUUGCUGAACUUUGUUUCUCGUAAAAGUAUUCGUAUUUGCAGUAAUGUCACGCCUUAUUGUUAAAAAUCUUCCAAAGAACAUCACGGAGAAACGAAUGAAGACGAUCUUUGCCGAAAUGGGUGAGAUUACAGACUUGAAGUUGAAAUAUACAAGUGGUGUCUUUCGACGUUUCGCAUUUGUUGGUUAUAAAACGUUGACCGAGGCUCAAAGAGCUUUGAAACAUUUUAACAAAACCUACGUGGAUACUUCUAAAAUAGAGGUUGAUAUAUGCAGGAAUUUAGGAGAUGAUACGAUGCCCAGACCUUGGAGUAAAUAUUCUGAGCAAAGUUCAGCAUUUCAAAAGAAGCUUGAGAAAUCGAACGAAAGAAAACGAAUGUCGGAAGGCGAUAAUGUGGACGAUAAGUCGUUUAGUGCGCGCAAAAUCAAGAAGAAGAAACGAAACGAGAUUUUAGGUGAGCUGGAGGACGAUGCUGACUUUCAGGAGUUCUUGGAAAUUCAUAAAACUGUCAGCAAGAAGAAUGUUUGGAAUAAUGACGAGCAGUUCUUUGAAGAGAAGAUGAAAAAGAAAUCUAAUGGUCAGCAAGAAAAAACUGAAAAGUUGGAGUUUGAAGAUUCAAAUGAAAGUGGUGAUGACUAUGUGAACAGCAAACAAGAAUCAGCAUGUGACAUUGAAUCGGAAAGCAAAGAUGAAGUCCAAGAAGGCAGUUCAAAAGAAGCAGGAAACCAAAAUUUGUCCGACAUGGAUUAUUUGAAGAUAAAAAUGGCGACUGAUGCUCCACCAGCAAAGUCUGACAAAAAAACAGAAGGUAAAUGCAAAAAGAGGAUGUCUGAAGCAAAUAUCUCUUUCAUGAAGGAGGAUACUGAAAUUCCUGUCGAGCAAACUAAUCUGACAAAUAAAGAUGAAAAGGCAGAUGGAUUUGAACGAAAGACUGAGUUUACAAUCAAACUUCGAGGACUUCCAUUUCAUGCAAAGAAAAAAGAUAUUGAAGUGUUCUUGUCACCUUUGAAUGCUGUUGAUAUUCGCAUGCCCAAGGACAACAAGAACCGACCUAGUGGUCGGGCAUAUGUUGAUCUUGAGAGUCAGGAGAGUGUUAAAGAAGCAUUAAAGCGACAUAAAGAUUAUAUCAAAGGACGAUACAUUGAGGUAUUUGAAGACAGGAGACAUGAAGUACUGCAAGAUCCAAUUGAAGAUGAACUGCCAUGGAUGGAAAAUGCCCGAGAGCUUGCAGAAAAUAAAGAUUUGUCAAUUGCUGAGACAGGACGUCUUUAUUUGCGCAAUUUAUCAUACGCCUGUACGGAAGAAGAACUUUCCGAAUUGUUUGCAAAAUACGGUCCAACUACUGAAGUAUUUAUACCGAUUGACAAACACACAAAUAAGUCGAUGGGUUUUGCAUUUGUCACGUUCAUGAUGCCGGAACAUGCAGUGAGUGCUUCAAAUGAUCUAGAUGGCCACGUUUUUCAAGGAAGAUUAUUGCAUAUUCUGCCAGCAAAACCAAGAAAAAACGCUGAAGGCACAGAUGAAACUGAAGGAGAGACAUCCUUCAAACGAAAACAGAAAGAGAAAUUGACAUCAUUGAAAAGCAAAGACCACAACUGGAACACGCUCUUUCUUGGUGUAAAUGCAGUAGCUGAAAUUAUGGCGGACAAAUAUCAGUCGAAGAAGAGCAAUGUUUUGGACGUACAAGGGAAAGGCGGCCUCGCUUUACGAAUGGCGCUUGGUGAAACACAAAUUGUUUCCGAAACAAAGGAGUUUUUGCUGAGUCAUGGAGUUCAACUAGACGCGUUUGGUCAGCCUGAUGGCAAAAGAAGCAAGAAGGUUAUUGUCGUCAAAAAUCUUGAACAUGGCACUAAAGUGGAAGAUCUCAAAACCUUGUUCUCUCAAUUUGGCCAUCUUGGUAAAGUGGUUUUACCGCCCUCUGGCGUCACAGCGCUCGUAGAGUACGAGAAACUCAGUAGUGCCUCCAAAGCAUUCGAAAAGAUUGCAUAUACUAAGUUUAAUAACUUACCUCUGUACCUUGAGUGGGCACCGGCAAACGUCUUCGAAAAAACGGCUGUUGAAAAUGCAGAAAAGUCGGAUGUUACUACUCCGAAGGAAUCAACAGAGCACGAAUCUUCUGAAUCAGAUUUAGAAGAGGAAGGACAUGUCGUGUUUGUGAAGAAUUUGAACUUUGACACAAAAGAAGAGGCGCUUAAAGAGCUUUUUGGAGAGAUGGGAAAAGUUCGUGCGGUCACUAUUGCCAAAAAGAAAGAUUCCACAAACAAAGGGGCCGUUUUGUCCAUGGGCUAUGGUUUUAUUGAAUACAAAGCGAAGAGUUCCGCGCAGAAAGCAAUUAAAACGUUACAACACUACGAACUGGAUGGACAUAAUCUUGAAUUGAAGAUGUCCAACAAGAAGCAAACAAAUUCUACAGCUACAAGGAAACUGCCAUCGGACAAAAAACAGAAAUCCUCCAAGAUCUUGGUGCGUAACGUUCCAUUUGAAGCAACGCAAAAAGAACUGCGUGAGCUAUUUGCGACAUUCGGUGAACUGAAAACUGUUCGCCUCCCAAAGAAGAUAACUGGAACUGGAGCUCACAGAGGGUUUGCUUUUAUCGAUUUUCUAACGAAGCAAGAUGCCAAGAGAGCUUUCAAGUCGCUAUGCACCAGUACUCAUUUAUACGGACGUCGCUUGGUGCUCGAGUGGGCUGACGCUACAGAAAGUAUCGAAGAAUUGAGAAAAAAAACUGCGGAAUAUUUCCACGAACCUAAAAAGACGUUGAGUAAGAAAAAUAUGGUCGAUGAACUUGACAAGCAGUGACAGUGACCUUUCACAUAUUCCAAGAAGUGGGCGCGAAAGAGAAGAUGGUCGAUUAAUGCCACGAAGUAAAUUCUGUUGAGUUAAGUGGAGAUUCCAUUCGCAUUAAGUGUAUGGCAUCUUUGAUGCUUUGCAAGCGUUUCUGUUUAAAUUACGGUCAUAAAAUGGAACGAAGAAGAAUAUCUAAAUGAUAAAAUUAAAACGAAGCGAAUGAUUUUGAUUUAAUUACGGAUUCAUCGACGGUGCGAUUUAAAAUUGGAACAACUUACUGAAUUUAAUAGAAAAGAUAAGGGCACCCACACUGGCAAUAAACCCGUCGAAAAUGACCGUGCCUAAAAAGCAUGAUUGUAAAAAUAUAGUAAUAUUAUAACUAUAUUAUAAACACCUAAUAUUAUAAUGAAAGCAAAAGUGACUUGAA